AUGUAGAAUUUUCCUCAAGAAACUUAUACAAAAAAUCAAACCUCUUUUGACUAAAUAAAAAAUAGCAAUGAGCCUACAGGGAAUCAAAACAAUCAAUAAGAACAAGAAUAUGGUGAUGAACCUCACAAUAGGAAAAUUUUGUAAAAUGUCUAAUAUAAAUAUCCUAUUAUUAAAAUUCGUUUUGCAAACAAAUUGUUUUUCCUGUUUUUGAUAACCUUUUUAUGUGGAGUUUUGUGUUCUAUAUUGACCCUUAUAAAAUAAAUUUCUAUUCCAUGUGAGAUCGUUGAAAUCCUCAUGUAAAAUUUACUUAUAAAUAAUUUAAGUUUGCUAGACUAUUUCUGUUUAGCAUUGUAAUACUAUGUUUACUCAACAUUUUAUAGCUGGGGUCCAAAUGAGAAAAAAUUAAAUUUUUUUUUAAUUUGUUCAUAUAUUCUAUUGAUUCUAACUUUAGUUGGUUUGAUUUGGUAAAUUGAAUAUGGAUUAUCAAUAGUAAGAAUGUUGUCAAGUCUUAUUUUUUGUCUAUUUUACCAAUUCGCAUUAAUAGAUUAUCAAAAUAAAUGA